AUGGCCUUGGGCCCCCUCAUCUUCCUGGCGGUGCUAGCUCUAGUUCAUCACCCCCUGAUGGUCAGUGACCACACAGACUCAGCCACACUGGGCCGGCUCCAGGAGCAUGAGAAGCUGAUGGAAAUGGAAAUGGGACGCCUGCAGACAGAACUUGACCAGAAGGGCUGGAGCUGGGACCCAAGGCAGAGCCGGGAGGAUUGGGGGACAACCGAUGUGGCAGCAGAGGAUGGAACCUGGGAUGGGUGGCACUACGUCGGGCUGGUCAUUCUCAUCCUGUUUGGGUGCUGCAGACACACCAUAGAGAAGGAGCCCAGUUAUGACUCCAGCACAGACAGCUCCAGCACCACCACCAAUGAAGAAGACUAUGACGACACUGACAUGGAACCCGAAUAUGACGAACCCAAGCAAAAAAUGCUGGAGGCCUUCUAUGACCAGCACGUUGACCUGGAAACCAGUGACUUGAGCAACAUGUGUGAUUUUGUAGAGAGCUUUGUGAAUGACUUGCUGGAGGCUUGUCGGGGAGCCCUUCCCUACCAGAACACCCUCCCUGUGCUGGAGAAUUGCAUCGGGGUGGACAGUGCCUUUGAAGGAUGGCACACACAGAAGCCUUCCAAAGCUUUCCGCGUUCUCGUGCCCGUACUGCCACCCAAGGGACACUCUUUCCACAUUGAAACUAGUGAAUCUGAGGGUGCCCCAAGCACACAUGGACACAUCUUGGUGGAGACAGAAUGUGUGUGCAAGAGAGAGAGGCUCCUGGGGGACGUGGUGUGUUUCCUUCACCAUCCAGAGCAAGAACUGAGCAGUGACAAGCAAGGAAUCUUCCUUGUCCACGUUUUGUGCACCAGCUCCCACUUGGAUGUGGAGAAAACCAUCCACUGGUUCCAAGGCCUGGUGGGCAAGGCCUGGCCCAGAAUCCAGCCCAAGUACAACCUUGACCUUGUGCCUCAGCCUUCUAAUUCAACAUGCCGACUGAAAUUGGCAUUCCGGUCGGGCAGGUCCGUCUCUAUUGACAUCAUACUCGGGGUGCAGCAAGGAGACUCCUUGGUCUUCCUGGCCACCCAAGCUGCUGAGAUAGAUCGUUUGACUGGCACUGUCUGGCAGAAGUCCUUUGCUGUCCAGGAGUUGCUUUUUUUUAAGUGGGUGAGCCAGCGAGUCCCAGAGGAGAGCUGCCACCUGAAAUGUCUCCAGAUCAUAAUCUAUUUCAAAGAGUCCAGCCCAUCAGAGGGUAAGAACAUGGUGCUCACCAACUAUCACUACAAGACUUGCCUGAUGCACCUCUUGCUCUUUCAGCCCCCGUUGGACUGGGGCCCUGAGAGCUUUGCGCGAAGACUUCAGGACAUCCUCUUGUACAUGCACACCGCCCUGCAGGAGAUAUAUCUUCAGCAUUUCCUUAUUGGUAACAUCUCCUUGCCCAUCCAGAUCCCUAUGCCUAAGGCCCUCCGGAGUGCGACACCCGUGAAUCUUUUCAGGCACUUGGCAGAGGACCCAAAGCUUCACGCCAAGGCAAUGAAGGAGUUUGCAGAGGUUGUACAAGCUGUGAGGGCUCUGUUGACAGGGUACCGGCAGUAG